AUGUACGGUCACAAUUCAAUAGUAGAGGGUGAUAUAACGGACGAAUCUGAAGAUGAAAUAACGAGGAGACAUCCUGACUUGCUUGGAGCAAUCGCGUAUGCAAGAAAAGCGAAGAACGGUUCUACCAACCAUGACGAGAUAUAUCUAGAAAAUGGCCUGGUUUGGGAGGCUAUUUGCUUGAAGGUUGGGGUUUAUGAAUUCUCCGCGAAGAAUCACGACAGCUACAAGCUACGAUGGGUGUUGCGAAAAGCUAGAAGACCACAUUCGAAGGAAAACACUUCCACAGAAAAUGCCAACAAACCUUCUAGCUCUCGCUUCACGUUUAGUAUCAUAAAUCCAAACACAAGAAUACAUCCAGUGAUUGCGACCUUGACUGCAGAUAACAAGCUCGAUAUACUCAAUAGAUUCCUGACCGCUGGAAGCCCAGCGAUCCGAUCAGCGCUGUCAUCCAAUUCACAGUCUCCGGUGCACUCGGACUUUUCGUCUGAAACGUCUUAUUUCGACCGCCCAGCCAAUAGGGAAGCAUUGUACACAGAGACCGAUGAGGCCCUGCAAAUCCUAAUUAUUCUAACAGGUAUAUGGGUCAUAUCCAAGCAAGGAUGGUCCGAGGGCUUGUCGAAGAGUCCGGACCUGAUCGACAAAUCACGACCAGAAAGUGGCGACAGGUCGCCUUCAUCUGUGGUCUCGAGCACAGAGACUAUUUUCAAGGGAUCUUCACAACAUGGAGUUGCCCCGUUCCGCUAUCAGCGGUCUUCCACAUCUCCCUCACCGCGGCGAGCAGGCAAGCAACCUGCUUUGUCUGACAGGGCCAACUCUAUGGGAGCUUUGGGUGUCGGAACACCAACAGCCAGUAUGCCUCCAACUGUCAACGGAGGCGUGUUGCUUCCAUCUGCACAUCAUUCCUACCAGCCCAACGGUAAACGAUGUAAACCCACGCUAGGUAUGGACACUCAUGGGCAGACGCCCGGUUUCGUAUCGGGGGGCCUCGGUGAUGCCACCGAUGCGCAGAAGACUUUGUCGUCAAUGGAGAUCAAUGCCACACUUCAGGAUGGUGCUAAGGCACUGCCGUUAGUGGUAGAUGAAAACGUGCUUGGAUGUGGGUCGGAGGAAACGGAGGCACCAUAUCAGGCAUAUCAGGAUGGAGAAAAGGAUGAAGAGAAGGAUGGACUGAAAAAGAGGCCGAACAAAUUAAUGGAAAUGAUACGAGCGUCUGCGGACCUGCAACCCCAGUCAACUGCACCCUCGUCACACCUCGGGGUAUUAGAAAGCAAAGCACGCGCUACUUUUACAAAUGACCCACUUGCAAACUUGAAAAUGCGGGCGAAGGAGAGUGUAAUGGCGAAGCGCACUCGAAGCAUUCGAUCCGCUUCCAAUGACAGCAAAGCGGAGCUCGCAGGUGUCGUCGAGCCAGACUUGACGCACAAUGGGGAAUUUAGCAAUACCGUUCGGCCGGAGGAACUUGGUUCCAAAAGCCGUGGCCCUACUGUUACGAAUCGCGCCCCGUCUCUGCCUCCCAGCGGCUCUUUGCUCAUAUCCCCGAGAGUCUCAGCAAAAGCAACCAGUGCCGAGCUUGAAGAUCUCCUUGCCGAAGGGAGAGCUGCUGCAUCAUUAUCGAAGACUACAAUUGCAGAGAACCUUUUCACGACGGAACAGCAUGGGCUGAAUGGCCAACAGCAUCAACCUAGGGAGCCAGAAACAUCAGGUGUGCGCGAAAGUCGAGAGAAUAGCGUACGCCAUGAUGAAACAGCUACUAACCUCCAAGCUACGCUGAAACCCGAUCACUUUCCCCCGUACCAGAUGGACGAAAUCAAUGCGUGGCUUGCUAUGACAGGUUACUACGAUAAACCUUAUCGAAAGAAAGUACUGACCCGGCGCCGGCGUCUUCAGGCGAUUGAGGAAGAAAGAUUGAAGCUACUUGAGGAAGAAAAAGAGGAUCAGCGACUUCGCGGUCCAUUCUCCAGUAUCACGUCUUUUCAUGCACCCCAACGGUCCACCUCGCCCGUUGCCACGAUGUCUCCAUCAAUGUUGACGGUAAAGCAGGACGUAGGUCUUCGAAUCAAAGAUUCCGCUCUCAAGAAAACUACCGCGCAGGAGCUGACCACUUCAAACGAUGAGACACCCGUCAAGCGGCGCAUCGAAGAAGACACGAAAGACAGCGAAGUGCUGCACCAAUCGAAGGUGGCGAGGACCGAAGGGCGUCGCAGGACACCACCCCGCUCCCAGCGUGCUUCUCCUGAAAGACGACCUAAACGGUCUGCAUCUCCAGAGGUUACCAAGAAUCAUUCAGCGACGUCACCACGCAAACAAUCACCGCACUCCAAGGAUGAAUAUGAUCGUUGGCUGCCAGAUAGAGAAGUGAAUCUCCGUGGCCUAAAAGAUCGAGCAUUAGAGGAGAAUGGUUGGCGGAAUGAACUUCGUGGACGCCACGAUCAACGCCGUGACUCAGGAUUUGGCACAUCGCAUGCUUCGAAGCCAGAUUUGCAGGACGGCAGGGUACGUUUCUUCUUGCUGAAAAGCUGGAACUAUGAAAACAUAGCGACUGCACAAAGGGAAGGCACCUGGGCAACGCAAACCAAAAAUGAGGAUACCUUUGUCGAAGCCUUCAAGACAUGCCGUCAUGUUAUAUUCUUCUUCUCUGCUAAUCAUAGCAAGGCAUUUCAAGGAUAUGCCCGUAUGCAAGGCCUGCCAGGUGAAAAAGGCGUGCCGCAACCAUCGUGGGUUAAGAACCUGCAUUGGCCUACAACAGCUCCCUUCAGGAUCAAGUGGAUAGUCAAAGAGGAGACACCAUACCGGGCUGUGGGAAAUCUAAAGAACCCGCUCAACGAAAAUCUAGCUGUUUUCGUGGGCAGAGAUGGCCAGGAAAUUCCGGAGAAAAUUGGGCUCCAAAUGAGUGAAAUCAUUGAUGAUGACACUGCCUAUCGAGCUGAGUUCAGGCGCUGA